AUGUUUCCGAUAUUUGUCCUGCUAAUACUUAGCACUGCAGCUGCUGAAGUAUUCGAAAAACCUUAUUACGACUUGAGCGAUGCCCACAACCUUUUCAAAGAAUUCGUCCAAAAAUAUGGCAAAGCAUAUAAUUCCGAAGAGUACUCUCAAAGACUUGAGGUUUUUAAGGAAUCUAUAGUUGAGAUUAAUGAACGGAAUGCAAUGCAUGCAGAAACUGUGUUUGAUAUAACACAAUUUGCUGAUUUGACCUUUGAAGAACGUCGAUCUCUUUCUGGUAGUCUAGUUGAGGAUCUUGAAAUGGUGACUGAGCUGGAACUUGGUCUUGAAGAGAUCACAGCUCCUGAAGAGUGGGACUGGAGGGAUCAGGGAAUCGUCACGCCGGUAAAAAGUCAAAUGGGCUGUGGUUCUUGCUGGAUUUUUGCUUCUAUUGGAGUUAUAGAAUCCCAGUAUGCCAUGAAACAUAAGAAACUCCUGUCAUUUUCUGAACAACAGGGCGUGGACUGUAUAGUGCAGGAACAUGUCCCGUACAAUUGCGCAGGAGGACUACCUUAUCUUGUCAUGGAUUACCACAAGAAAGUUGGUGUAGUACUUGAGAAAGACUACCCGUAUAGAGGAAAGCAAUCAGCAUGCCAAGUAGACCCGACAAAGGUCGUUACCAAGGUCAUGGAUUACACGGUCUACCAAACUGUAGACGAGGAAACAUUGAAACAGCUGGUGUAUCAAAUGGGACCUUUAGCAGUAGCCAUUGAUGAUGCUGACAUACUUUUCCAUAAGAAGGGCAUAGUGUACCCCCAUGAUUGCAAGAGCAAACCAACACAUGCUAUUUUACUCGUUGGAUAUGGUGUAGAGAACGGCACCAAGUAUUGGAUCCUCAAGAAUUCCUUUGGCACUGACUCUGGAGAACAGGGCUACGUGAGACUGGUGCGUGGGAUCAACGCUUGCGCUAUUAGGACACAAGCUACAACAUGUACUGUUGCUUAAACAAUUAAGUAAACAUAUAAAGAACAUAUAGA